GACCGGGAUGCGGCCCGUCCCGCAUGCUGCCUCCUAGCUCCGCCGCCGCCGGCAGGAGCAGCGGCGGAGCCGCGGCUCCCAAAGUUCGCCGCCGCCGUUCGAACUCACCGCGGUGCGGCGGCACGCCAUGGUCAUCAUGGUGCGCGCGACCGCGGCGCCGCACCACCACCACGUGGUCCACCCGGUGGUGUGCUGCACCGUCAAGCGCGCCGUGCGACUGCUGCCGUCCGCCCUGCUGCUCAUAUUCGUCCUGUCCCUCAUACUCGUGACCCUGGUCCAGAUCGCCGUCAUCCACUCGCACCGGCGGGCCAUCUACCUCCAGCGGCGACUGGCCAGCACCUCCAGGCCGUCGCCGUCCAGGCCACAGGCCGCGGUCGUCUCUUCCUCGGGACAGCUGCGGCCUGCGGCCGCCUCUCCGGACGGCGGCGCGUCCGGGUCUCCAACGGCUCACUUUCAGGCGUGGUCGGCCGUCCACAGGACCCGGGGCGGGGAAUACUCGCACCGCAAGCCCAACGCGAGUCACAACCGGGCGCAGGCGGCGGUCAGGGCGCGACCCAACGCGCUCCAGGUCGAGGCGCUGCUGGACCGCAACGCGCCGACGGUGGACAACAACAUCAAGAUCUUGACGGGACUGGCGAACGCGGCCAGGAUACGUGACAUCUUCGCCGGUGCCUCGGCUAGGACGCCGCGUCCAACGCUGACGUUGCCGACGUCGGCACGUGAGGAUACGUUGGGGAGUGCUGCGGAGGGCGACGACAAUGGGGUCUCCUGGGAGUUGGUGAAAGAUGAUGUGUACCGACGGGCCGGUGGCGGUGAUGUGUCGGCCGUUACGGCCACCCGCGAAGACGACGAAGACAAUGACAGCGUGCGACGGACGCGAAAGUUUGCGGCGGACAAGGCGAGGAAGUCGUCUGCCGAAGUGGUUACGCGGCCUCUUUGCCCCGAAGUGCCUCCAGGACUGGUGGGUCGCGUGCAAGUUGACCUCGAUCUACGACCGAGGCGGCGGCAAACGCAGCGGUCGGCCAAGGCAUCGCAGACCGCCAAGGCUGCCGCCGGAAGCGGCGUACCUGCGUCGUCGCCUAUUGGUGGACUGUGGAGCCCGGUAGAGUGCGCCGCGCGUCACCGGGUUGCCCUGGUGGUGCCCUACCGGGAUAGACGCCUCCACCUGCUCCUCCUCUUGAGGCACCUGCACCCCAUUCUCAGGAGGCAGCUGCUAUCCUAUAGGAUAUACGUUGUCGAACAGUACGGCAACGACACCUUCAACAAGGGCGUGCUGAUGAAUGCCGGUGUGAGGGAAGCGUUCCGCGAUGCCGACUACAACUGCUUUGUGUUCCACGACGUGGAUCUUAUCCCCGAGGACGAUCGUAACAUGUACUCCUGCCCACCCAGUCCCAGGCAUAUGUCCGUCGCCAUCGACAAAUUCAAUUACACGUUACCGUACCAGAUGCUGGUAGGCGGCGUGCUAGCCAUAAAACGGGAGCAUUUCCUCAAAGUGAAUGGAUUCUCCAACCUCUACUGGGGCUGGGGAGGAGAGGACGAUGACAUGGCAUACAGAAUCAAGCACAAAAAUCUCAAGAUCAUUCGUCCUCCAGCAUCCGUAGCAAGAUACACAAUGAUCAAGCACCACCAACGUCCAGAAUCGCCGAACAACAUAAGGAUGGCUCUGGUGCGGAUGGCCUGGUACCGCAUGAACAAGGAUGGCCUGAGCACGGCCAAGUACCGGCUCGUGAGCAAGCAGGUGCAGCCCCUGUACACGCACCUGCUCGUGGACAUUGGCCACAACCACAAGUGGCACUUCUCCAGCUCGCAGAAGCUCAUAAUCAACCUAUGACCACCGGGACCGCCGGCGGUUAGACCUUGCCCGCUGGCCACGAAGCGGCCGCUGCUUGCUGGUCAUCUCUACGCCCGUGCCAUGGUCUCCCCUGCCAGGCCCUGCGAACGUUUGUUACGACGAAACACUCGGCCGAAUGCAUCCUCCAGAUUCGAGACAAGUUCGACCAAAACUCCCUGACCCAAUUUCCCACGUGUCCACUACACAUGAGUGACUCAAGUCGACAACUGUGCUCCUCGACUAAUCUCCAACUCCACAACACACCUGCAUGGAAAGUCCCUGUAGAACGGUUCUCUGCACCUUCAUGCCAGGAAUGUACACAGAUUCAGCAAGCCGGUUGUUGAAAGUACGACUGUAUACAGCAAUGGCUUGUCCAGAAGAUGCCGGAAGUAGAAAACGUUGAAAGUUUCUUACAUCUUUGGAUGUACCAGCACCACGGGCAAAACACCUCAAUGGCGCAGAUGAUCUCGAGCGCUCACCCGUCCUUCUUGCGUAGCCUUCUCUGUCCCUGUUUAUUUUACUGCAGACAUUCGUGCACACGUCUUCACAGUGAAUGAGCGCUGAAAGACGCUUCGGGAAAAUUCUGCUUGAGGACUGGCCAUGACGGUUCCAUGACGUGUCCACGAGGACUGUGCCAAUAUCUUUGUGGUGCGAUGCCAGAGCCAAGUAUGACCUGUCACACUGCAUCAUUGGGCGACUAAUCAGUUUUACGGCAUUUGUUUCAUGCUGUGCAUGUAACUAGCAACUUUGGCAGUAGAUUGAGGCAGCUAGUUCUCGGUAACUCCAGCCAUGCUUCACUAGUUGGUAGUUCACACAAAACCCUUGAAACAGGGACUUUCCACUGCUUUUUUUUUCUUUGUGAUGUUGAUUACACACAACUUUGAGAAAGUCAUGUAUGUCAUCAGGGAGCACUAAAAUAGAGCAGCACAAGCUGUUGAAGAUUGCGGAAUGCAACAUAGAAAAAUAUAAACAAUUCAUACACAGGUGUUUUUCUGGAAAAUCAAAAUAAAACAAAGGGAAAGAGAAAGAAGGUACUUGGAAGCGCCUCCACGCAUUAAAGUGGCUCAGUUUGUACUGUUAAUUAGUAGCGUUAACUACCUGGGUAAGGCAACGUCCUCUCAAUGAAGAUUUUUGCAGGUCCUUUUUUUUCUUUAAGCUCUCUGCCUUUCACGCAUCAUUUAUCUCUCAUUUUUCUCAGAGGAGUUCCAACCAUUCAAGUGUGGCACUUGCAUGAGAUAGGAAUAUGCGUGGUAUAAGCACUGCCCAUAGUAGGUGCGCAUGAGAAGUCGUGUUUUGGUUGAUGUUUUCUUUAAGUCAGGCGCAAAUGCUCAAAAUCAGGAGCAAGCGGGGCAUAUAUUGUUUGACAAACCAAGAGCUUCCAAUCUACUUCAGCCCUCCAAGUAGGGCAGCUCACGACAGCCUCUGCCACAAAGAACGUGAACUGUGGCAUGCGCAGCAAUUGGUCCCUUAUCUUUAGCUUAAAAGUGUUAAACAUUUCUAUCUGAAUGAGCGAGGAUCUGACCACACAUUGGGGAAAUGUGGCCAGGCGCCUGUAUAAAAUUGUGUGCCGAAUUCUUAUGUUGUUCCCUGAUCUGCAACGCCAGUAACACGCGGCUGAAAUAGCUUUAGAAUACAUAGAUACAGUAUAGCAGAUCAAGUGUGGAUACACCGCAAACACUGUCCGAGAGGCAGACGACUGUAUAAAGCAAGCAUUAGUUUUUAAGGAAUUUCUUUUCGCUCUUUGUGCCGGCGAUAACUGCCGCUAUCAGAAAUUGAACUAGUAAAUUAGUGAUAGAACGCAACCAUUAGAGACGCUACACAAAUAUAAUCUUUACGCACGUGAAACACUAUUUAUUUUGGAACAAUAUUUUCUUAACGAUAUAAGCCACUGCUCAACCCAGGGGUGUCGUCUUGUCAUGCUACGAGCGCCUAAAUUGUUGUAGCGCAAGGAAAGAUGGCAACAGAAUGGUACCAAGAAAAACCAGUUGUGUAUCAAACGUUUAACUAUAAUAAGAGUAUUGUCGUAGCUACUCAUACAAAAGCUAGGCGAGACAUUUAGGGCCAUCCUUUCACCGUUACAAUGGGUGAGUAACUUAAAACCGCAUUGACGUAGACAUUUACUGCCGGUAUCGUAAACCUCAAUGCUUAAGAAUAUUGUUUUGGCACGCACAGAUUUGGUUGAAAUGCCCGUUGUGUAUGUGAGGCAAUUCACCAUAGUUUAGCCAAACGCUGUUAUUCGCUUGUGAUAUAAGGCAUUUAGCCUCAGAGAACGCUAUCUGUUAAGCAAGGAACAACAAAAGCAAAAAAAAAAAAAAAUCAGAAAAAAUGAUGAGGUACAGAAUACGACAUUGCGAACAUAUGUUUAAAGAACGUCCCAAUAGGAAUUAGGACCAGGUGCAUGGUUCACACUCUAUGUGUUCAGAAAUAAGCCCACACACCCACAAGCGUUUAGGGGGAAGUUAAAGCACGGCGUUUCACAAUAUCUCAGCUUUUCGUUUGUCUAGAACCGAAGCCAUUUGUAGCUGUUAUUCUCUUCGAAGACAGCUUAUAUGUCGAAUAACGCGCUUUGAAGAAAGCUGCAAGUACCUCCCAGGCAUAAACAACACUGUGUAUUCACUUUAUUUUAAACGUUGAAGAUCACGCUGCUAUCUUUCCUCCGCCUUGAAGGCUAAUGCAGUACACGCCCCGAACAAUGCUGCCGUCAUUGCUACUAGGCUGGAAGAAUGAACCAUAGAGCUUCGUAUUACCCAUUUAUGCUUACCAGCACCGUAGGAAAGCGAAGCUUUCAGAGCAAGCACUUUCGGUGGAGUCAGGUAGAGAGAAAGAGAGAGAGAGAGAGAGUGCUGUGAUUUUUAGGAAUGCACAGAUGCCGGUACGAUCACGAGCCCAUAACACAGCGUUUAUUUUUGUACAGGCGUCUUCAGCUGUUUGGCUUGCAGAUGGAUAGCUUUUCUUUUUCUUUCUUUUUUUCGCAGCGGUCAGUUGGUAAGUUUCGGGACGCAAGGCUCAAGAACGCGACGAGGCUCGUCGGCGCCUCUCCAUUCGAAGGAAUGUGAUGGAGACAUGUGUUCGAAGCCACUGAAACUGACAUUUGUGCGGAAGUGGCUGUUUCUCUCGUGCGUCCCCAACUGCGCUUCACUUUCUCCAAGCUCAAGAAACAAAAAUCAUCGCGAAGAGGAGCGUCGGAUGUCGUAGGCAAGGCGACCUCGUUUCCAUGUUGUGUAAUACGUCGUAGGACUUCAAUGAACACGCACGGAACAGUGCUCGAGACUUAUCGUGCGUCGUCAAUAUUACCAAAUAGUGCUGUCGUAGUGUCGGAUGCCUCAUAACGCGGCUGCGAUAUGAAUGCGAGGUGUGCGAAUGCUGUUUUGUCGGCUGGCAAGAAGAAAGGAGUUCUGAAGUAUCAAAGGCGUACUUGCAAGCAGCUUUGUUGAAAAAGUUGUUUUACUCGUCAGAUUUGUUUUUUCUUUGCUAAAAUAAAGGCUGAUAAAACUGCA